GUUUUGGGGUCACACUUGCCACAUUCUUCUUCAUACCACAAUACCAUUCAGUUACAUCCCAAAUCCCAAUCUUGACUGCACUGUUUCAUUCCCCCCUCUACUGGGAAAACAAAUUCCUCUUCUUUUUUGUUUGAUUUUUUGUAUUUAACAUUGCUUCUCAAAAGCUAAAAUUCAAGAAAAAUGGAGUUCCUAGCUCAAAUAAUGAAUCCCACAGUAGUGAUUUGAGAGGAGGGUUCAGGUUGUUGGAGUGCUGAGGAUGAGUUUGAGAGAAGAGAGUGGGGAAGGGGGGAGGAGAAGAUUGGGUGUGGGAAGGAGCAGGGGUGUUCUUGUGGCUGUUAAAGCUUCCAUGAAUGUCCCAAGAGAUGCCCUUGUGUGGGCCCUCACCCAUGUUGUUCUCCCUGGAGAUUCUGUUAAGCUCUUGGUGGUCAUUCCAGAUCAUCAUUCUUCAAGUAGAAAACUGUGGGGAUUUCAAAGAUUUGGCAGCGAUUGUGCAUCGACUAACUGGAAUUCGUUCUCAGGAACCCCUGCAGAUCAAAAGGAUUACAUCACAGAUUCGUGCGCCCAGCUCGUGCUCCAACUUAAUCAUCUUUUUGAUCCAAAUAAAGUAAGGCUGAAGAUCAAAGUCAUUUCUGGGUCAGACUGUGGGAUUGUUGCUGCAGAAGCCAAGAAAACUCAUUCUCAUUGGGUGGUUUUGGACAAGAGGAUGAAGAAAGAAGCAAAAAGUUGUGUAGAAGAACUAGAGUGCAACGUCGUGAUCAUGAUGAAAAAGAGUCACCCAAAGGUGCUUCGUUUGAAUCUCCUCGGAUCACCAAGCUGCGACACUAGAGAUGUCUCUGGACCAGAAACAUCAAGGACAAAGAUGGUAGAAGAACUCACUGAUACCUGCAAUGAGAUUCAGGUGCCAAACGCGACUCCAGUUAGCAGCCCAGAUCAUAAAACAAGCAUUGACGCAGCUAGGACUUCAUCCUCAGUCUCUGGAUAUAUCUCUGAGAUCAAUUGGGACAUAAAGAAAAUCGGAUUUUCCCAUUACCCUUUUGAUGACGAAUCUGAUACAAACACAGAUAGUGAAAAUCUGUGUUCUUCUCCCUCAACAACCAUGUCUUCCAAGCAAUGGACGACAACAGACUCCACUUUCAGUUUACAAAGAUUGUCCACAAACAACAUUCUGAGUACUGUUACUGUUAAGGAUGAGUCACAUGUGAAAUUCUUUGAAGAAGAUCAAGAACUCAAAAGAGGAGGAGCAAAUGAUGGGAUCGGGAGAAGCUCAAUGGAACUGACCAAGAACUUGAGAAAGAUUGCAACUUUAUCCAAUAAAGCUCUCCUUGAGCCACCUCCACUGUGUUCAAUGUGUCAGCGCAAAGCACCUGUGUUUGGGAAACCGCCGAGGUGGUUCAAGUUUGCUGAGCUGGAAAACGCGACCAACGGGUUUUGUCAAGACAAUUUCUUGGCUGAAGGUGGGUAUGGGUCUGUGCACCGCGGGGUGUUGCCAGAUGGGCAGGCUAUAGCAGUGAAGCAAUACAAAUCUACUAGUUCUCAGGGUGACCAGGAAUUUUGCUCAGAAGUUGAAGUCUUGAGCUGUGCGCAGCACCGAAAUGUUGUGCUUUUGAUUGGGUUUUGUGUGGAGGAUGGAAGAAGGUUGCUUGUUUAUGAGUACAUUUGCAAUGGAUCCUUGGAUGCUCAUCUUUAUGGGCGCAAGAAGAAAGAUCCUUUAAGCUGGCCUGCAAGACAGAGAAUUGCAAUUGGGGCUGCCCGGGGACUGAGAUAUCUUCAUGAGGAAUGCAGAGUGGGAUGCAUUGUGCACCGCGACAUGCGUCCUAAUAACAUUCUUCUUACCCAUGAUUUUGAGCCAAUGGUUGGAGACUUUGGACUGGCGCGAUGGCAACCCGAUGGAGACUUGGGUGUCCAAACAAGAAUAAUUGGAACAUUCGGGUACUUGGCUCCAGAGUAUGCCCAAAGUGGCGAAAUAACUGAAAAAGCAGAUGUGUACUCCUUUGGUGUCAUACUUGUGGGACUCAUCACGGGAAGAAAAGCUAUGGAUGUUAACCGUCCCAAGGGCCAACAGUCCCUCACCGAGUGGGCACGGCCUUUGCUGGAAAAGAGUGCCAUUGCUGACCUUCUAGACCCUUUCUUGAUGAACUGCGGCUAUGUAGAAGAAGAGGUGUAUUCGAUGAUGCAUUGUGCCGCGUUGUGCAUCCAACGGGACCCUCUCUCACGACCUCGGAUGUCUCAGGUACUUAGGAUGUUGGAGUGUGACAUUUAAGAUUGGCAUGGGGAGAAACAUAAAAGGAGGCAUGGAUGAACAAGAAUGAUAAGAAUAUGGAACUUCCAAAAGCUUCCCACAUGAGACAAUGGAAUCAUCUAAUGAAAAGGAUAAAAUCAUUGUGGAGCCAUUUCACUCAUUGGGGAUGAUGUAUACUCACUAUAUACCUUUAUAAUUGUUAUAUACUUCUUUCCUCCCUAAAUAAUCUUCUCAUUUAUUAUCCACAAGAUCAAAUUAUUUUUUUCUUUCCCUGUUUUAUUUGAUCUGUUGAUAAAAUAAAAUAGUCUUGUAAUC